AUGAGUUCAGAAAUAUUACCGUUGACGACAUUGGCCAAGCAAUUGGAAUAUUGUGAAGGGUCCCAAUUUCAAUUAAUCUUAAAGAAAUUAACAUCACCUGCAUACAUUGAUGAACAAUUAUUGAAAACUGAGUUACCGCUGGUGGCUACAAAGAUUCAAAAACUCCUACGCUCAAACCAAGAUUAUGAUAUAUGGAAAGGGUGUCAUGCUUCUGUGGUGCUUUGUUCUUAUAACCCAUUAGCGCUAUGUGUUCAUGGUGGUCAGUUAUUAACGGUUAUCUAUUCAAGAUUGGAACAAAAAACGGAAUAUCACUCAGCAUCUUCUGAAGCAUUUUCUGAAAAGAUUGUUCUAAAAUCUCUAACUUCUGCCCUAUCGAUUCUUAUGGAUUUAAUGAGAGGAAAGCCAACACUUUCAAGAGAAAGUUUGGUUCCUAAAUUGAAAGCCAUUAUACCGUGUUUGGUGGAUUUAACAGCGCUAGAACCUGAAUUAUGCUUACCAAUUUUGAAAGAAUUACUUCUGAAAAAUUCUACCACUUUUAGACCCUAUGCUAACAAGUACCGCCAAGUACUAUCCAAACUGAUCUCUCAGGAAUAUGGAAAUUUAGACCCUAAUGUUCAAUCUUUAGUUUGUGAAAAUUAUGCAUAUUUGCAUUUAAUUAAAUUGCAAGCUCAAAAUUCCCAAGAUGAACAUCAGGCUCACCAUAAGCCAUUCCACGAUGAAACUUGGAGAAUUGGGAUUUUGAGCAUUUUGGCACAAUUCAAACCAAUAUUAGAGUUAUGCGAUGAAAUGUUGGAUUUGGAUCAUGACCAGGAUUUGAAGAAAUUGAUUAAAAGUUUACAAUACGAUAAUCUUUAUCCUACAGAUUUACCUACAUCUGAUAAAUUGUUACCAGGUCUAAAAGUUGAUUUAAACGAACCAAUGACUUUAUGGGAAAUACCUCAAAGACUGAAUCUUUUGAUAGAUCUCCUAUCACCAUUUUUAAGUCUACCAACGCCAUAUGCUGUGAGAAUCCCCUUGGGUGCGUGUAUCUCGGUUUUUGAAGGUUUGCUGGGUAUGACUAGAAACUUCUUACCAUUGAGACGUGAGAUUCGUCGUGAUGCAGAAUUGGUAUCUGUCAUCUAUGACGUUUUAUCCCAUGUACAAUUUUCAGGUGUAAGGCUCUUGAACGUUUUGGUACAGAAUUUUGGUAAAUGUUGCCUUUCCAUGUUACCAUCCAUUCUAGGUUCAUUAGAGUUUUUCAUUCCAUUACAAUUGAAAUCUAAAAGUAUUGAUAUUAAAAGAUGCAAGUUGAUGAAAAGUGAAUUUUUGCAAUAUUUUCAAUUGCUAAAUUCAAUUUUCCCACACAUUGGUUAUCAACUACAAGAAUUAGAUUUCUUUCAAAAAUUAGUUGAAGUGGCUCUAGCAUUAUCAGAAGAUGAGAAUUUGGCUAACCUUUUGACCAACGAGGGACCCGCUAAAACUCAAUCAAACAAGGCAGGUAAGAAGCAAAGAAAGGAUAAUUCUGUCGGUGCACUAUCAGAUAUGUAUACACAUGCUGAUCAAUUCAUCCUAAGAACAUCACUUGCUUGGUAUGAUCAAAUCAAUCUAUUCUUAAGUGGAUUGUUAAGCAAUUUGAAGUUGCCCUCAAGUCAACAAGUGAAAAUUAUCAGAUAUGGUGUUCAAAAAUCCUUGGGUUGGAAGCAACAAGUGGGUCAUAUACCUGAAAGUUUUGUUGAACUUUUGAGGGCUAUAGUGGUUAACCCAGGCAAUGAGCGUGUAUCCAUACUGCCAAUUGCAGUCUCGCUAUUAAAGGGUUCUAGUGAUGAGCUCUUCGAUCUAUUGUGCCACCCCAGAUUACCCGUGAACUUGAUUCAUAACGUUAAGGGAUUAGCCAAUUCCAUUGAAGAGCAGAACCAAGAGGAACUACUAUCAAAUGAGGAUUUGGAAGAAGCUGCAGAUGAGCCGGAAGAAGAGGAAAGCCAGGAAAAAGAGGAGAAUGUAGAAAUUGAGUCCAAUACAAAGAGACAAAUCCCCGAGACUGAAUCAGAACCCGAACCACCUAAAAGACAAAGAUUGAAUACAAAUGUGCCGCUUUUCCAAGCUCAAAAUACUGAAAUCCUCAAGGUUGACAACGAGCCACCAGUUGUUUUGAAGGAAGAAAAACAAGUUGAAGUGGUUCAAGAACAGCAACCUGCUUCUGCUCAAGAAGAAGCAUCUGAUAGUGAAUCAGAAAUGGUCAUUCCUCAAAUUCAGCUCAGCGAUGACGAUGAAGAGUAA